AUCCGGCAGUAAAACGCCGAGUUUGACCAUUGAGCUCAGCUCGUUCAGAAUCGUGGUUGGAAAGUCGCUCGGUUCCCGCCAUUACGUGCUUUUUCUACCGUGUAGCGAUUUGAUUACCGGAGGAAGGCACGAUGACGGACACCCAGUAUUCAAAUUACCAGCAACAGGGGUACAAUCAGUACAGCCAGCCACCACCUACUGGUGGUCAGGAUACAUCGUAUCCACCACCAUCUAGUGGUGGUGGCAGCUAUAAUCAGUAUAGCCAACCACCACCAAAUACUGGAAGCAACUAUGGCGGUUACAACAGUUACAAUUCCAGCGGUGGCCAAGACUACAAUCAGCCGCAGAACCAGAACAGUUACAACCAAAACAGUUAUGGGAGUGGAGGAGGUGGUUCUGGAAGUAACAGCGGCGGGGGCAGCAGUUAUGGUGGAAAUUAUGGACAUGGGGGUGGAGGUAGCGGAGGUGGUUAUAAUCGCAACAAUUCUAGUGGAGGCUAUGGUGGAGGCCAAGGAGGAGGCGGUGGCAGUAGAUAUGGCGAUCGUGGGGGAUACAAUGACCGCUCUGGCGGUGGCUACAACAGUGGCGGUGGCCGUGGUGGUUAUAACAAAGGGGGCUACGGUGACCGCGGUGGUGGCAACGAUGGAAUGGUUACCCAAGAGGAUACUAUUUUUGUAUCUGGAAUGGAUCCUUCUAUCUCAGAGGAAGAAAUUUGCGAACACUUUGGAGCCAUUGGUUUAAUCAAACAUGACAAGCGGACUGGCAAACCCAAAGUGUGGAUGUACAAAGACAAGAAUACAGGUAAAUCAAAAGGUGAAGCCACUGUGACCUAUGAUGACCAAGACGCUGCACGUUCUGCGAUAAACUGGUUCGACGGGAAAGAUUUCAAGGGACGUACUAUAAAAGUACAAAUUGCUCAACAUAAAAGUAAUUGGCAAGGAAACCGCAUUGGUGGAAGUCGAGGAGGUGGUGGCGGUAGUCGAGGCCGCGGCGGCGGUGGCUUUGGAGGCCGUGGUGGUGGCGGCGACAGAGACGAUCAUCAUCGCGGUGGUGGCGGUGGAGAUGAUCGACGCGAUGGAGCUGGGCGUGGUGGAGAUUGGAGGUGUCCUAAUCCCGAAUGUGGUAACACGAACUUCGCCUGGAGAGAUCAAUGCAAUCUCUGUAAAAGUCUGAAACCAGAUGGUGCUGGUGGCGGUGGUGGUGGAGGUGGCGGCGGUGGUGGACGAGGCAACCGCGGUGGUGAUCGAGGUGGGCGAGGAGGCUUCAGGAGUGACAGAGGUGGUCGCGGAGGCGACAGGGGUGGCAGAGGCGGAUUCCGUGGCGGAGACAGGGGUGGACGAGGAGGUCGAGGCGGGCCCAUGAGAGGAGGCGGCGGCCGAGGAGACAGAGACAGGGAUCGCCAACGUCCGUAUUAAACACAUUCAAACAGUGAUUGGUAAAAAUCACUCAUUGACUGUACACAUUUUGUACACAGUUUCGAUGUAUGUACAUUAUUCGUAACACAGAGGUCCGUCUGUUACGAACUCCAUUGUCAUCGAUUUGUUUCCCACGUACAUUUUUUAUAUUCAUGAAGAUCGAUGCGUGAACGCGUAACUUUUUGUGUUUUCUAUACACAUGUAAAUGAUGAUAAUCAUAUGUGUAAAGUUACAUUUUAAUAAAUAAGACUUUAGCCCUGUAUAAAA